AACGUUUUUAGCCCCAAGGGUAGUAUGGUCAUUGUUCAGUGCGAGCUCUCGUUCUUCUGCACAAGAAUCAGAGUUCACUGCUGAAGAAGAAGAAGAACACAAAGAUGAAAAGAUUUUUCCAACCAAUUGAAAAAGAUGGAUCUUUUAAGAAACCCACUAUUUCUUCUGUAUCGGAGAAAGAUGGAGAACAAACGAUAUCUGAAAGUGGUGGUGACAACAAGAAAGAGCCAAAAAAGUUUUUGACAUGGAAUGCUAAUAGCCUUCUUCUUAGAAUCAAGAACAACUGGACAGAGUUCACCAAGUUCAUUGAGAAUCUUGACCCUGAUGUCAUUGCCAUACAGGAAGUAAGAAUGCCAGCUGCUGGUUCCAAAGGCGCACCUAAGAACCCAAGAGAGUUAAAAGAUGAUACCAGCGCUUCACGUGAAGAAAAACUGGUGGUGACACGAGCUUUAUCAAGUCCACCUUUCAAAAAUUAUAAUGUUUGGUGGUCUCUUUCUGACUCAAAAUAUGCUGGAACUGCAUUAUUCAUCAAGAAGUGUUUUCAACCAAAGAAGGUUUCCUUUUCACUUGAUGCAAAAGGUUCUAAGCAUGAACCAGAUGGUCGAGUUAUUUUGGCUGAAUUUGAGACAUUUCGAAUAUUAAACACAUACGUGCCAAACAAUGGGUGGAAAGAAGAGGAAUCUUCAUUUCCGAGGAGAAGAAAAUGGGAUAAAAGAAUGCUAGAGUUUGUUCUCGCAACUUCAGAUAAACCUCUUAUUUGGUGUGGUGAUCUUAAUGUAAGUCAUGAGGAUAUUGAUGUAAGUCAUCCAGAAUUUUUCAGUGCAGCCAAGCUCAAUGGAUACACUCCACCAAACAAAGAGGAUUGUGGUCAACCUGGGUUUACCCUGGCUGAAAGGACGAGGUUUGGUGCCAUAUUAAAAGAAGGAAAGCUAGUGGAUGCAUAUCGAUUUCUUCACAAGGACACGGACAUGGAAUGUGGCUUCUCGUGGUCGGGAAAUCCUGUUGGGAAGUAUCGCGGGAAAAGGAUGAGAAUAGAUUACUUUGUUGUAUCUGAUAAAAUGAAAGACAGGAUUGUUUCAUGCGAGAUGCAUGGACGAGGGAUCGAAUUGGAUGGUUUCUAUGGGAGUGACCAUUGUCCAGUAUCACUUGAACUCUCUGUGAAGGAUGAUGCAGAUACCAAACAAGGUUGAAAUGAUUGUGUUCAGUACUAUAUAUUUCAUGCUAAAACACUACUUGUUGAUUUUUAUUUUUUUGGAAUUCCUGGAUAACCCGCAAUCACUACAAUCUCUGUCACAGUCUCUGCUUUUCGGGUGAGCACUUUGUGGGUAAACCCUCCUGUAACUUGCUGAUCUUAUUAUUAGGGGUAAUUUUCUAGCCCCAACUGCUAACCCCCUCCUAGAUUAAGCCUAAUUAUUUCAGUUCUUGGUUUCGUGCUAGUAUGGACACAUUCCUAUUAAUUUAAUGACAAGAUUUGUAACACACUGAUAAUGAUGCUUUUGUCUUUUUU